GCCCGAACCCUGAAACCCCCCGUCUCAAACCCCCUUUUGUCCGCCAUUUUUUUCUCUUCUCUCCUCGCUGCUCUCUCUUCUCUUCUCUUCUCAUCAACCGCAAAUGUAAUCCGAUGCGCAUUCCACCCGCGAUAAAACUCAUCGCGCGCAAAGAGUCGCCGUUUCUGCCGCUUCUGCUGCCGACCUUGCGGGAUCUCGACUCUGCUCGUCGCGAGCUGCGUUGGAUAACCGAGCAUUUCACAGAGAAAGCAGGCAGCAGCAGAAAAGAUGCAGGGCUGAUGAUUCGCAGAGCAUGCUAUCUGCGUGGUGUCAAGAGCUAUCCGCUGCAGUACAUUCUUGGAUCACAGCCGUUUGGCGAGUCGCUUGAUAUCAAAUGUCGUCGCGGGGUUCUUAUUCCGAGAUGGGAGACCGACGAGUGGGGUAUGAAGGUAGCGUCUGGCAUCCGACGAUAUCAUCCUUUGUUCACCGAGUCGAAACAAUUAUCAUCUGAUUUCACCGUCCUUGAUCUGUGCACCGGCUCAGGUUGUCUUGCGCUCCUGUUUGCCGAACAAUUAGGUCAUUCAAACAAGAAAUGUCAUAUCACUGGAAUCGAUGUAUCCGACAAAGCAUAUGCGCUCGCCAAUGAGAAUCUCUACGCAAACAAACAUGUCAUCAAAGACAACGUCUCAGUCUCAUUCGCGCAAUGCGAUAUCUUCUCAACCGAAAUGAACAGGCUCGUUGACUCAGACGUCGACAUUGUAAUCUCCAACCCACCCUACGUCUCCGAGGAUAACUACAACUCGGCCGCACACACCGAAUCCUCGGUGCGCAAGUACGAGCCGCGCCUCGCUCUCAUCGGCGGCGUCGAGUUCUACAAACGCAUCUUUGAAAUCGCGACACUGCGGCACGCAAAGGCUGUCGUCUGCGAAUUGGCGGACGAGCAGCAGUUUAACGAUAUCCUGGCAGCGACUGACGGAAUACUCAACCAUCAGCAGCAGCACAAGUCGUCGUGGAAUGUAGGCGCUAUGCACGAUGGUGCGGGUGUCGUGCGGACGAUAAUCGCUUGGAGACGCGACGCGGACAAAGAAUGGGGAUGGUUGCGAAAUCUUGUUAAUAUACUUCCUUGAUCCUCUCAUAUCUUCUUUCAGAAGAACCCUUCCAUUUCUCAUCGUUUCUCUUUAGUACUUUACUUCAAAAGUCUACGUGUUGCUUCGCGAUACAUAGACCCUCCUCCUUCACGUCAUCGUUUGCGCUAUGACGUAACUGAUUUCUCCUUUCUGUGGAAUCUCGGUAUAGCAAGGCAGCUCGCAAAAGAACCUUUGAUCAAUUUCUCACGAAUGCGAUUUCUGGUUUCGGACGCAGCUUAUGGGAGAAGAUUGAAUUUAUGAUUCCAAAUAAGCCGGAGCGUUCGUCUCGCGGGAGAAGUUUUUCUCUUGUUGAUUGAUAGGGCUCGCUUGACGUAGUUGAAUCAGACAUUCUGUAGGUUGUAGAGUCGUGAUGAUUCUGCGGCUAUAGAUCUGUUGAUGAUUCUGCAGGUAUAAAUUUA